ACUGAUGACCCCACUUUGCUUACCCCACUUUCUUUGUUUCAUGAUUAACUGAUGAUUCAUGACCCUGAUCUAGAUCAAUUCACUACAAGCAGUGAAUUGAAUAUAAACAGGGCCUUUCAACCCCUACCUGGAUCGUGUUGAAUCAAGCUACCCAAGCUAUCCAAGUCAUCUAAUUCAUUCACAUUCUGUAUUAGGAUCCACUUAUUUCCUAUCUAGGAACUUGCAUUGCUUCCCUUUGGCAACUUUGUUAAUUAUAUUUAUCUUUAUUCUAUCUCUAUUAUUUUGAAAUCUAGUUUCCUAGUGCCCUGUGCCCCCUGACAGGAAAACAUCCUAUUAUAACAACUUACAAGUGUCAAAUGUCGCAAGAUUACACUGCAGUUACAGGCAGCUUUAUACCAGUUCCCACUGCCUUUGAUGGCACCCCAGAGGGUCUGGUCAAUGCUGUGAAGGUCGGGGUUGUACCGACAACCUCCCUGAACCGCGAGUCAGGGAAGAAGGUGGAGCAGGUGUUGGACAUAGCUACAGUGACACAUCAAGGACUAGUUGACUUUGCGGCCGUGGAUACAAGCGAUAUACACUUCAAAAAACUGGAACGUGACUGCGAACUGAUGAAGGAAGCUCUCGGCAACCAUCCUGAAGAGAUCAACCAGGCGCUAAAAUUGAUGUGCAGUGGCCAGGCAACCACGCAGGCAAUCGAAUCUGCAACUGCAGCCCUGGCCAAAGUGGGCCUCACCGAACAGGAUUAUCGCAAGCAGGGCGGUGGAUUAAUCGGAUUAUUGGUUGUUGCCGCAGCAAUUGUUUUUGUUUCCGGCUUUACACAAUAUGUCAGCAGCAGUCACAGUUUUUAUUUAAGUUAA